AUGCGCAAUGGUCAGCAGGUGCGAAACAUGACGCUAGGGCCUGGACCGAAGGGUGGCCCCAAAGAGACUUUGGUGUGGUCCGUGAAAUGUCUACUUGAUGGCACGAUCGUCUCUGGUGACUCCACAGGAACGCUAUGCUUCUGGGAUGGCAAAAAUCAUGCAUUACUGCAGCGCAUCAAAAGCCACGACGCAGACAUCUUGGAUGUUGCGGUGAGCGCAGAUGGUCAAUCGGUCUUCAGUGGUGGUAUGGACCGAAGGACCACACUGUAUAGAAGGACGAGCAGUGGGCGCCCAGGAGAGGGUCAUCGAUGGGCUAAGAUUACACAUCAACGGAUGCAUCAGAAUGAUGUCAAAGCCAUGGCUACGUUCGAAACCAAGGGUCUGAGCAUCCUAGUGUCAGGAGGACUCGACACAAUGCCUAUCAUCGUACCAAUCCAAGAAUUCGGGCGAGAACACCAUCGCACUCUUGCCAGUCUCCCACAAGAACCCAACGUCCGAAGUGCAUCUAAAAAGCGUUUGUUGGUAAGUUGGUGGGAUCGAGAGGUUAGAAUCUGGACAAUUUCGAAAUGUUCGAAGAAGCAGACGGACGAGGGAUCAUCUCCAGACGUUCGUGGGCCGCAAGGAAGAAGACUCGUUGCCAAAAUCGCUCUUCAGGGCGAUGAGUCGAUUACAUCAGCAGAUAUAUCAUCAGAUGGGAAGAAUUUUGCAGUCGCGACCAUGGCAGAACUUAGAGUCUUCCAUUUGCGUCUCAGAUCUGGUAUGCUCAAAGUCCAGAAGCUUGAGCAAACUCAGACCUUCGCGGACUUGAGUAAGCGACAAGCCAAGAUGAUACAAUUUUCGCCGGACACAAGAUGGCUAGCAACAAUCGGAGCCGACAACAGUAUUCAGCUUUACAGGAGAUCGAAAAUCAAUGAUGACAAAGUGUCCCCGGUUUUCUUGCAAACAUCAGUUGAGCUGAAGCGGCUACGUCGCGAUACAUCGACCACCAAGGCCAAUGACGCAAGUCUAGGCAGCUAUAACAGAUCGAUAAACCGCCUUACCUUUUCUGCUGACAGUCGAAUCCUGGCAGUCUCAGACAUCUCAGGAUUCCUCGAUACCUGGGUAAUCGAAGGCCACGAGGAUCUUACACAAGGAAAUGACGAGAAACCGAAUCCCGCAGACGCCGCAGACAAGUUUGACUCAUCUGAUGAGGAAGACAGCGGAGAAGAAGACAGUCGUAUUAUUAUUUUCGGUGAACAUUGGAUUCGAAAUCCAGCCGCCUCACUGCUAGCAAAGCUGCCCGCCGCUCCUCUCGUCCUUUCCUUUCGACCGUCGACCACGCAAGCCACUGGGACUCUAACGAACGGCAAUAUAGGCGUACACCCAACCCGCCAUAAUCCACACCCACACUCUCACGAUAUACCGAAUGGCGAGGAUAGACUAUUCAUACUUACGGCCGAAAACCAAAUCUACGAAUUCAACGUUCUGUCAGGCAGGAUAUCAGACUGGUCCCGAAGGAAUCCGACAUCACGCCUACCCCAAGAAUUUCAAGACCUCAGAGAUAGAGCAAAGAGCGCUGUGUGGGAUGUGAGAGGUCACAAUGAGAGGAUAUGGGUCUAUGGUGUUUCGUGGCUGUGGAUGUUUGACCUAUCAAGAGACUUGCCCCCUGUGGACUCCGAGCAAAAAGACGUAAAUGUCACAAAUGGAAUCAGCAAGGAGAUUAGCCUCAAGAGAAAGCGCGGGGACAACGAUGAGGAUAGAAGAGCAAGUCGUCCCCGGAUCGACACUGGCGCAGGCAGCAAGAUCCCCAACGCCAAGCUUGGAAUAAGCAUUGGCCGUAAGAUGCGCAAAAUCAACGGAACAGAUGCGGCGGCAGGUCAAUGGAUAAGUCUAGAGGCAGAGCAAGAUCUCCCUUCUGAUGAGGAGGGCGACUACGUUUUAGCGAACGAAUCUGACCAGGCCCUAGUCAAGCUUCGAAGAGGCAGUAUUAACGCAGACAGGUACAUGCUCAAUGGCCAUGUCGACAACUCCACCGAUGCAGAUACCUCCGAGAACGAUGACACCCGCAUUGCGAAGAUGAGGGAUGGCAAACGCCUUGCUUACUGGCACACAUAUAAAUACCGACCCAUUCUCGGCAUAGUGCCAUUAGGGAGCGAGACAGGUGACGAAGCAGCUGUGGGCGAAGAAGAUGACGACUCACCGUCAGGCCUAGAAGUUGCAUUAGUAGAGAGGCCGUUGUUCGACUGGGACGUACCACCGCCGUACUUGGGGAAUCAGGAGUGGGAUCCAUAG